AUGGGCAAUGUCUGGAGUCUCUGGAGCGCGCCGACCUGCUACGCGAUCUUGCCGCCAAACGUCUUUGACACGGAGCACUACGUCUACGCCGAGUGCCAGUGUAUCGACCUCGCCUGGCACGCUCGACCGAUUCUGUCGGGCCGCACAAUCGCGUCGCAGCCCGCCCAACCCGACCACAUUUCCGCUCGCACACUCGGCAGAUCAGUCGCUAUUGGCAUCCGCGAGCGCAUCGUCUCCAAGGCCGAAGCGCUUUCGGGUCUUGAGACUUACCGCUUGUCGUAUGUUUGCUUUGCGCGGGCAGGGACGUGGACGUACGGCGUCGUCGUCCAGUGCACCCCGAGAGACGGCGUUGGCGACCAGCUCGUCGUCAUGACACAGAUGGGCGAGGUCUAUGUCGCCUUGAGCGACCCGACGUUGCUCGUGCUGACCCUCGCCGGCUACGCGUUGCGGCCAUUUGAAGGGUUGCCGCUGGUGUCGCACCCCGUAACGACAGUCGAGACGGGGACAGCGGCGAUCGUUGGCCACUUUCUCGCCAGCGACCGUCGCGCAGCGCUCGACUACGCGACUCUUGGGCUGUCGCCUCGGUUGCCGCCGCCGAACAACAUCCUUCUUCCGUGCGCCUUCGACAACGAAAUGCAAUGCGAGCUGUCGGUCGGCCAUAUCCUCGAC